CCCAACACAACGGAUGAGACUAUCGCACACCGACUGGCGGAUAUAGUCGCGCAGCAAAAAAAAGGCUUUUUUUCCCUCUACUUGAUUUUUUUCUCUUUCAGCAACCUUAUCGACGCCGACUCUGAAUGAGUAUAUACACACUCUUCAUCGACGACUUUUGCAGAUGAAUGCAGUGCCACACCUUGUAAACAAGGACCGCGCAUCAUUCCUGAUCAACUUGCCGUCACCAUUGCAAAGCUUGAAGCCCGCAACUUUCCUCUGUGAGGAUUUGUGACAUUCGCUGCUGGAUUACUCGCGCCAAUCAGAGAUAUUAGGCGCAACCAGGUGUAGGACGAUCUUUGUUAUUCGCGAGACAGAUCUCCUGGGGAUAUCAACAUUGUCAACAUUUCAUUCUUCUUCUUUUCGUGGACCUGCUCUUUUGAUUUCAGGUCGUUGGAGCAAGGGAUAGCUGGCACUCCUGUGUCCCAGCUCGUCCCAUCUUUCAGGCGACGUCCCCUCAGCCCUCGCAAGACAAAAUGGACGUGACCUCGCUGUUAAUACCAGCAGGUGCUGCGGGCAGAAUGACACAACAGCAACAGCAACAAGACCCAUUAAACAUGACGCCAACACCAUCAAUCAUCACCAACACGACGGAUCCUUCCACCGGAGUUGUCACUCCUCAGUCUGAGAAGGAGGUCUCGCGCAGUAAUAGCGAGUCCCGCACACCCAACAGGAGCAGAACACCAUGGGAUGCCGGUGGCUACUCUCUGCCGCUAACUCUGGAUACUAAGCUGAUCCGGACACAGCUGGCGACCAAGCCAGUGUUGUACGGCGAGUCUCCGACACAGGAGCAUCACCACAUGGAGCCCAGCAGUCCUCACUCGCUCUCGAAGCACAAGUUUUCCGACAGCCACAGCAGUUUAGCAUCAUCCUACACAACGGCCUCUUCCAACAACUCUGGAACGCACUCUAGGAUAUCAUCUCUGUCAACCGUCAGCGAGUUCCAGCCGAUGAACCAUCUAAUCAAUGAGUUUUCAUCACUCGAGGCCAAGAUGUCCGACGAGAACGACAGAAAUAGCAGUAGCAACAGCAACGCAACUGCCAUCCACGAUGACCCCAACUCGCGGGUGAUGAUGGGAAACGACUCGGACCCAUUGGUCGACCCAGCAUUGCAGCCGCUCUCUCCCUUCACGUUGAACAGCACUUCUAUGGAGCUUCAAAACUCGGCAGUCAUGGCUCAUUCUAACGAGGGUGACAAUGGCUUGAAGUCGGAACAACCUAGAUCGCAUCGUGCCCAGUCGCCAUCAGAUGCGAUACUCUUCAACAGCAACCCAACAAACGUGAGAGAACCGGUGAUGGACAUGGGGAGAAGAACCAGUGACACGCUGGCCUACGGCUACCAGCCGGGUCACAAGAGGUCGGCCUCGGCGCCCGACUUCCCAGCUGUCCGGGCGAGGUAUCAACCUUCGGGAGGCUUCGCAGCGCCCAUCGUUGAGCCUCCGACCUACUCGCCGUCAAUGUCGUAUAACCAGUCCUUUAACAUGUUUGAUCAGCCACGUCGAGUUUCAAGCCCUUCGGAUGAGGAUGGUUACGGUGAAGAGACAGCCAGCUCAGCCACCAGAAGCGACCAGACGGUUCCAACAACGGCCUCAACGGUGCCUGCCACACAGCCUUGGGAAAAUCCAACGGUCGAGGGACCUGAAGAAGACCGCGAUGCUGAGGAUCCUGGAGCAGCCUCUGACUACGAUGAAGAAUCUACUCCCAGGUGCCUUUUUGGUGUAAGGCCGUGUGACACGGGCUCGCAGCUCAGAAAGGCCGUCUCUCACAUCUUUGGACGCAACAAGCUCUGCACGAGGCAAAUCCCCGACAAUGCCUGGGUUCACUACUGCCGGAAACACUACCAGCGCAGCCGCUACCGUGCGGGUCCAGACUACUCUCUCACACAGAUUGGACUCGUCAUCCGCCAGAUCAACAAGAUUCGGAACUGGAGCGAUUACAACGUUGCGCACAACCGCUCUUCUGGCGUUGUCACUUCGUGGCGGCUACAGCUCCGCAAGCGCGAGGAGAAGCGCCGAGAAACAAAGCAGCAGCUUUCGCAGGUUGGAAAGAAGCGUAGGCGGGUGGAUGGCGAAGGCUAUGAGGAGGACGAGGAAGAUGACGAAGGCCAGCCCGGCUCCGCUUCAAGAAACUCAGACUUUGCCACGCAGCAGGGUCAAGCUCCUCCUCAAUGGCUGAUCGAGAAGCUUGGUGAUGGCUACACCACGGACGAAGUACUGGGAAUUGCCCGUCGUCUCAAAGACGAGCUCGAAGCCGGCACAACCCGUCUGAUUCCUGACAUCGAGAUUCUCCCCAACAUUACUUCCGACAGAGCUGAAGAGCCCAAGCCACGCACAAAACCCCAGCGACGCGCUCCUCCCCAGCCCUCCCGCGUCCCGCCCUCCCGGUCUCGACUGCCACCCUAUGGGUAUGGCCACCGAUCCACCCUCAGCGAGUCGAGCCGGGGCGCUAGCCAUCUGGACCACCUGCAAGACGUCGUUGGUAUGUCGCACUGGGAUAAUCCCAGCAAGCGCCAGCGCGGCACUGAGUAUGGCCAGGUGCGAAACCCAUGGGGUCAACAGCCGACCACGACACUUCCCAUUCGAUCAUCCAAUGACCCCAGCGCAUUUGGCGGAUCCCUCGGCACCGCUUCGCACUCGCAAAACCUGAGCACCGGUGGGUACGGAUACGGCAUGUCGAUGCAGCGUCCUUCCCCCGGCUUUCCUACCCCAACCAGCUUGACCCCUUCGGCUUCUUGGGAUACAUCCACGAAUCGGUUGCCCAACAACCAGUACGGCAGUGGAACCAUGCAGUCGGCCUAUCCCCAGCUGGGCUCAGGUUCAUCUACCGCGAGCAGCACCAUGUCAUACGGUUACGGGACAUCUUACAGCCAGCCCGCGACUCAGCAGUCUUUCUACAGCGGCUCUCCCUAUGGAAGCAGCGCAGUCCCGCAGGCAAGCGCACAGCCACGAACCAGCAACCUGUACGGCGAUGCCUGGGGCAACUACAACCAGACUGGCACCGACAACACUUUUAACCAAUCCGGCCGCAUGAACGGACAAAGCCCCGCACGCACGCACCAGCGGCACGUAAGUGCGCCAUGGCCGAAUUCGAGUAUGAACAUGACACCCACAUACCAGUUCACCAACCCCGGCGCGGUGCCCCAGUUCGCCACGAACAACUCGGCUCUAGACCCCAGCCUGGGCGGCUCACACCAGCGACGAUCUUCGAUGCCUCACAACCAGAUGGGGACUGUCGGGCACAACAGCGGACUCAACACACCUCAAAUGACGCCUGCCAUCCGUAGCGGAAGCGGAAGCGAGCACGAGACCUCACAGUCGUACGACCCUCAUCGGCCUCCUAGCAGCAGCGGGAGGUACGACUACGCCACAACUCACCGGUGAGGUUUGUUCCAUGUUAUCGGAGCAUGCUCUUCAAGUCUGU